ACGAUAUAAGACAACUGACGGCCAAUCCCUUACCCGGCCGGCUUGUGUCAGCGAUUGAUUGGGAUCGAGGAUGGAAGUUCCCCACUGUAUACGAAGUCGGCCGACCACCCCGGAAACCCAGCUUAGGUGUCGUUGUUGUUCUAAAUUGUAAUUAUAUAAUGAGCUUAUAGAAAUAUGCAGCGUUAUAACGUUGCGGGCAUGUCGUUGCCUUGAAAGUCCGACUGGAUCGCUUGGUGGAAGUGACUGGACAGUCCACUUUGUAUCAGGAGAACACACUGACGCUGCUGUAAGGAGUAGUGUUCACCCUGGCCGUCGCGUCCUGACUCAUUGUGAAAACCGGUACUACUGAGAAGUGGCUCGACUGGGCUCUACAGCAUUUCCUUUGUUUCCACAGCCGCCGACGCUACUGCUCACAUUGACAUGCGAGUAAUAAAAGGCAGCUAACUUUCAAAUUUUCUAAAGAGCCAGCAGAAAAUGGCUACGAAAGACAAAGUCUUGCAAGUCAUGAAAGAGCAGACGCGUCAGCAGCUCGAGCUGUCAGUAGGAAUGCAGACACACAUACAGGAGAUGCUGCAAGCGUCGGUAAUGCUAACUCAAGAGAUUGGAGGCGCACUCGAGGCGCUUCGCGCUGGGAAACGACCUCGCGUCCACUCGUCGGCAAUGGUUUUGCAGCCGCCGACGGCGUCCACAGCGCAAGCCGGGCCCCUUUACAACUCUGACAAAAUGGCGCUUGGAAACACUGCGGCGAGCGAAGUGCCCUCGGCGCGCGUUCAGGGUGUACCGGCGUCCCACCUCGCAAAGACAGCCGAGCGGGGUGUCGCAACACCACCUGCCGCCGCCGCACCCCUGGCCUCGGCACCCUCCACGUCUUCCAGCCGAUCCCAAAGCAGCAUGCUGUUUGGUUGCAGCCAUUCGCCGGCCGCCGCGAGCGUGAGCCUGGGCGCGUCGGAGGAGGGCCCCGACGGGCUGCGGCGCUUGCCGUCCUCCGCCCGCAGCCUCGGGCUCCACCCCUGCAGCUCGCUGACGACGAUCCCCUGCAGCCCCGCGCACGGCAUCACACGCAGCCAAAGCGGAAUUACGGUGGACACCACAACCACAACCAUGACCACAAUCAGCAGCGGCCGUGCGCCCAAGCCGCCGCGCGCCAGCGUGUUCAGCCCGGCGGCCUACCCCCAGCACCCGCAACAACAGCAGACGCGGCCCCUACUGCCGCCGCUUCCGCCGCUGACCGCGGCGCCCAGCAGUGCAGCCUCCUCCGCAGCGGCGACGCCGGCGGCUGCGGUGGCCUUUCAGCAACCGGCCAUGCUGGAGUUGAUCGACCAACCGCCACUGAGCGUUUCGUCUUCCUUCGGCGCCGCCAGCUUUGGCCGCCAAAGCAGCGGCACCGCAGCCGGCCUUUGCUCCUCCACGAGCAGUGGAUUCGAGCCGGCGGCUUUGCUCUACUCGAGCGGCAGGGGCGUCGCGUCGGGCAUCAGCCUGUCUUCCCCAACCUCGCCAUCGCCGUCACUGUCGCUCUCCUCUGCGCCCUGCGCUUUGGUGCCGCCGCCGCCAAUGCUGCCGCAGCCGCAGCCGCCGCAGCCGCAGUACCUGCUCGGAACUGGUGGUUGCGUUGCCCACAGCAAUCACGCGUCGAUGGUGCCGGUGGUGCCACUGGUGUCGAUGCAGUCAAUGCCAUCGAUGACAUCCAGGAUGUCCACGGCGACACCUGCCAAGAAGCGCAAGACCAGUCGCGCCGCGCAUGCGGGGCCGACGCUGGUCCCGACACCCACGGUCGCAGCCGCAGCCUCGGCCGGCGCAGGCGCAGGCGCAGGCGCGGCUACCACGGCCACCCGCCGUUGGCACGUGCACCACGAUCACGGCCAGGGGCAGCCCCGCGUCCUGCAGGCCAGACGCAGCACGGCGGCGACAGCAGCUGCACUGGUAGCACCAGGCGCCGCCGCCACCUCCGCUGCCGCCGCCUCCCGCGCCACCGGUGCUGCAACUUUCGCGCCGCUGGCGGCUGGCCUCGCCUCCACUGCGUCACUGCACCCCUACACCUUCACCGGGAGCUACUUCUCAAACCCCAGCGUGGUGGCACAGCUACAGGCCAUGCAGCUCGCCGUGAUGCCGACGCCGAUGCCGAUGCAGGCUGUGGCUUCCGGCGCAAGCACUGCUGCGUUCAACAUGGCCGCAUCCGCGCCGGCCCUCCCAGCCAUGGCCCCGCCCCCCACGGCGGCGGCGGCGCCCGCCGCGGCGGCUGGUGGUGGUUGCACGGUACCGGAGUAUGACCCCAUCUCGGCCGCCGCAUUAAUGCUAGAUCUGGAUUCCAAGGAUGCGGCCCCGAUGGAUCCAUGUGGCGGUUUCGAGUUCCAGGCUGACGCGGCAUGUGACCCGUGGGCGCAGUUGUUCCACGAGGAUUGAGCCCUUGGCGGCGGCGCGGCGGCGCCCUUGCGGCGGCAAAACCUUACUUGGCGGUGCUUGGUUGCAGAGAUUGAGUAUUGGGGAGGUCCGGGCCAAUGGUCUGGAGGUCAAAUGGUU